AUGGGUAACUGCUGCGCGUCAUCACCAAUGAGGCCAAAGCCACAAGAGGAACUGCUGAAGUACGGGCCUUCCCGUGAGGUAGCAGUGGGAGUUGGAGAAAGUGAGGGAACGGCAGUAAACGUGCGACAGAACGGCAACACACCGCUGUCCAUUACGAAAGAUGCUCCGUUAAAGGCGGUGGAGGAUGCACAGGAGUUAACGGGCAUGGUGAAGGAAAUGGACAGCAUCAGAGGCGAGUCCCCCAACGAUAGGGCUUAUUCUGGUGCUCAAGGAGUUUUGUUGAGCCCUCUCACAGCAUCGCAAUUGGAAAUCGUAGAGCCAGCGUUCAGGUGCAGCAUGUCGGACGAUGAUUGUGUGGACACUGUGUUUGAUGACUCAGAAUUCCUAACGGCGCAAAGCUUGCCUUUGAGUCUCCGCCAGACGCUGGGGCCGGGCAUCUCUGUUGUGCCGUCCGUGGAGGCGAAUAGUGUGGAUCUGGCCAGUGACUUGUUGGCCAUGAGCGGGUUAUUCAUGUCGUGCCGCAGUUUUUGCCGAGCGACCUCUCCACUGACUAAUGACACUCAACUCACGCAGCGGUUGCCGAGGGAAGACCAAAUGCAGCUUCCAGUGCUAUGCGGCGCCCCUCCGCUCACUGACGGUAUGUCUGACACGGCCUUUAUGUCGUGCCGCAGUUUCUACUCGCCGACACCGCAUCCACGGGACAAAAAAACAUUGAGCUCGUUUGGGAUCUCCUCCCACAUGCGGAGGGGUAUGGUGAAUCUCAGGUCUGCAUUUCAGUGCACACGUAGCGGCAACACUUUCGAGCGAUUUUCAAGCGUGGGGAUUUCAUUGUCAGCAUCAGGGGCGCCGGAGAUGCAGUCCCUCUCCCACAAUCAAAGCUGUAUUUCGGAGAGCGCCAUGUUUUGCUCCUGCAUUUCGAUUCUAGACACCCCUCUUACUGAGGAUGGGUGCAGCGUACGAGGCGCCACACCCCAACUCUUGAAGGCUCAUGGUGAAGCCACCGUUCAGGAGCCUCCGGACUUCCAGCCUCCGUCAUCUUCAUUGGAAGCAGAAACCGUGCCCGCUGCGGUACGGCAACCGCGAGUACAGCAGUUACGAGGCCCCGUGCAGCCGGGGAUGACAGCGUCUGCGCCAACCUCCGCUCAUUGCGACCCCCGUAAACAUUGGAGUAACACCACACACACCACAUCAUAUGCCGCGUUCCGUUGGAGGAAGAAUCCCGCCAUUCAGCAGAGUUCAGGCCCAUUGUUAGUCACACGAAGCCACAGUUGCGAGCUGCAUAGGUCAUGUCCCAAAAUUGCCUUUUCAUCAGCGCGAAAACGGAAGGAACGUUUGGGUGGGAGGCGUGGGUCGCAGCCGCCGAAGCGUGUGAGAGAUGGUUUAUCUGUUCCAUUUGGCCAACAGUACUCCUGGCCAAAGAUGAAUGAUAUACAGAACAAAUCGGUGAACUUCUCGUUGUCGCCCCAUACACAGGAACAAAAGGCCACCAGUACGAACCUCAACGGGUUGCAGCGGGUGGGGGUGUGGGGGCGGCACGAAGAGGAGGAAAUCGAGGGGACCAAAAAGAGGGAGACGGCGCAGGAGGGCGAUCAAGGGGAAAAGAACGACAACCUAGUGGAGCGGCGGCUGGAGGAUCAGCUCACUGAGGACGUUGCUGAGGCAGCACGCGGACGCGGUGAGAAGGCGGAAGGAUCCUUCUCGACGGAGGGAAAGCUAGAUUGUGCCGUGCUGAAGGAGGCGGGAGAAAGUGACAACAUAUCGCAGGCGACGAAGACGUGUGAGGCGCUUCACGCGGAUGAAUCUUCCCCCAGCUGCGUUACACAUGUGACGGACGAUCCUGCCUUUUUGGGGACACCUCUGGUGAGUUCCGUGCAGAGUGUGCUCCAUCUGACUGGAGAGCUUGGACAAAACAUGUGUUUGGAGGAGCAACCGGCACCCACAGAACUUAGCAGGACGACGCAGAUGGCCUCAUCAAGUCACAGUAAUGGGCAUCACGUACUGGAGGCCCACACUUUGUCUUUUCUCCCCAUCCUCUCCGCGGCCACCUCCAGGUGCAGCACCAGCAAUGCGCGGGCGGAUGCAUGCAUGAAUGGCAAUGAAAAUUUGGUGAACACGGUGGGCGACGCGGCGAUUUAG